GCCGCGUCAAACUAAAACACACACAAAAAAAACCCCACAGGUCAGCUCUCAGCUGUUCUCCCAGCGCUGCCCUUCAGCUUCACUUCAGCACACCGCGGGCGUGAGAAGAGCUAUGGCCACAACCCAGUCAGUGUUCGCUGUAGCUGUGUGCAUCCUCAUGAUCACAGAGAUCAUCUUAGCCCAGAAAGAUUACUAUGAAAUCCUGGGCGUUCCCAAAGAUGCAUCUGAGCGCCAAAUCAAGAAGGCUUUCCACAAACUGGCCAUGAAGUAUCACCCUGACAAGAACAAAAGCCCAGACGCAGAGGCAAAGUUCAGGGAGAUUGCUGAGGCAUAUGAAACUCUGUCUGACACCAAAAGGAGGCAGGAGUAUGAUCAGAUAAGAAGCAACCCUUUCUCCAGAGAGAGCAGACGAGGAACCAGGGAUGGGCAGUUCCAUCAGUCGUUCAGCUUUAAUUUUGAGGACAUUUUCAAAGACUUUGAUGUUUUUGGGCAGCCGACACACUCCCAGCAUAAAAGGCAUUUUGAAAGCCACUUUCAAGCCCACAAAGAGGCACACCGGAGCAGCUUCGAGAACUCUUUCGGCGGUGACAUGUUUUCAGACUUUUUCCAAUUUCACGGACACUCAAAUGGCGGAGAGUUUCGCGGCUCAGCCGGCCAGCAGCGCUGCCACACAGUCACUGAGCGCAGAGGAAACAUGGUGACCACAUACACAGAGUGCUCCUGAUUUUUAUUAAGGUUUUGGUUUAAGUUUAAUUUCUUGCUCAUGCUUACUGUUGUGACUAAACGGUUAGGGCAGAGUGAUGCUUCUGACCAUACACACUUUAAAUGAAGGGCUUAAAUUCAGGGUUUGAUUGAAUACUUAAAAUAGUAAUAAUUUAUAUAUCUCAGCGUUUGUAAAAGUUUUCGGCAAUACAGUGGAAGACAAGUUCAGCAGAAGUCUAUUUGCAUGCGUUGUCAAAUCCUAUAACCUCACCUCAUGUAGCGACUUACAUGUUUCAAAUGCAUAGCAAUUUCUGGAUUUGACAUCAAAUAAUUUAGUAGCUUUAAAGCUAAAAAGUGGGACUCCAUGGCUUUUUGGCAGAACUUUUUUUUGUUGCAAAGUGCUUAAAAAUAAGCAGCCUGGCUGAUUGUCAGUUGAUGUGUCUUCCAUGCACUUGCACACAUCACUGCCCCUGAGCAGUCCUUGCACUUUUCCACAGAACACCGUUGGACUUGUUUAAAGGCACACCAGCAGAAAAAGAAGGGCACUUAAAACAUAAAAGCUCCGAAUUUAUCCUUAGUACCUUUAAACUGAGGGAUUCCCUUAUAAUGUGCAAUAAUUCCCCAUGUCUUCUGUUCUGUUUGGGAAUCCUGUCAGGUAACAUCUGACCACACACCCUGAUCCGUCCCUCAGGGUUAAUGAUCGUCUUUUUCAUCUAAUUAUUUUUUAUCAUUUAUUUUCAUAAGUGCUGCAAACCAACAUAAUCAAUUUUUUUUUUUUUUUUUAAUAAACUUGUACAUUUAGAAAAGCAUUAGUAUUAUUGCCUCUGUUUUUGAAAAGCUUUACAGGAUUCUCACAGCAUGUUUUUUUCCCUCCCAACUUUUACCUCAUGACUGGCAUACAGGAUGAUGUGCAAUACUAUAUUUCAUGCUUGCUUUUUAUUUAAUUUUCUGUUUUUCA